UGAGCCAUAGUAUCGGUAAACUUAUAUAGAGAGAUUCGAGGCUACCUGUGUUUAUCACGAGUCCCGCCUCACAGCCUACUCACUUCACAUCAUCAAUCGUCGAACGAUCUUUAUUAAACGAUAGGGGCCGGCACCCUCUUGGUCUACCUUCUAUACCUUGGAUGCAAAGAGGUGAUUGCGCGGCUUAGAUUGGAUAGUAUUGAUCAAACUUGGAACUUUCACAUAUUAGUCCUUGUUACCCAAUCAACAAGGACAUCUCAGGUAGUUGGAAGGAGAAGGAAAUCAUGAGUUCGCCUACAGCCGCCAACCCAGCGACAGCGGGGUCCAUUUCACGAGAGGGGAAGAAGAGAAAGGGAGUACGGAAGGUCCUAUAUAACGUAAAGACCGUUUUUAAAUGGAGUGCCCGAACCAAGAAGGGCGCGCCACCGACUGAACCUGCACCUGUAGCUGCAGCCGCGGUAUUAAGCCAACCUGCUGCACCAUCGCAGCCACAGUAUGAAGGAGCCACCAAGAUUCCUCGCAUACAGAUUCACGAGGAGCGUGCGAAGAAACUCGGUACCAAGUAUGGCUUGGAGAUAAAACCAAGCGAGUGGCAUACUACCGAGGGAGAGGUCCUCCGAGUUGAGAAAUCAGUCCGUAUGCGGGUUCACCGGGAAUGUCAUCAGUGUCAUUCCGCGUUCGCUGCGGGUGAUGAGUGCCCUAACUGUAAACACAAGCGCUGUAAACUAUGCACUCGACACCCUGCCAAGUUGCGCACGGAGGAAGAGAAGCAGGCUUUGCGAGAAAAGAGGGAGGCAGCCAUCCGAAGGAACAAGCAGAACGCUCCUAUUGUCCCGAGCUACGACUAUUCGGAGACGAUUGUUUUGAAGCGUCCUCGGAAGACAGGGCAGGAUCUGGUCUACAAGGGCAAGGCCCGCGUGCGUGUGAGAAGACACUGCCACGAGUGUAACCACCUGAUCACUGGUCAUGCAAAGCAAGCAAGAAUUUGCGACAACUGCGGCCACAAACGUUGUGCCGACUGUCCGAGAGAGCCGAACGACAAGAACAAGUACCCAUAUGGAUAUCCUAACGACGAGCCGGGCAAGAACUUUAAAGGAGUGUACGCUUGUCACGAAUGCAGGAAGAAGUUUCCGCCAAACGCCGAUGAUGGAACCGAGUGUCGCAACUGUUCUCACCAGAAGUGCGCCAAUUGUCCGCGAGUUAAGCCGAGGAAGGUCGACCCUGAACCGGACCCUGAUAUUUUGGAAACCCUACGACUCCGUGUGGCGGCCUUGUCGACUGCGGAUAGUUAAAAACCCUUUCAAACAUACCACCAGCCUAAAUGAAACCGAACGAGAGUCCCGAGCCGACCGAAUCUUUACCCCCCGUCUUGAAUUUACUAUACAGCGUGUUACUCAAGACUGGACUAUUUCUAUAUCACCCCUAUAUUCGGGCUAAGUGUAUAUAUCGGACCUACCGACGGUAGCAUUAUGUGCAACGAAUUACGAUAUGAGCCGCAUUAUACCAGAUUAAGCACGCGUUGAUAUUUACAAUUA